UUCUUUCUUUUUCCUUCACAGCAGUUCAACGUGGACGAAUGUCUCACCCCCAGACCAGCCCAGGCCAGUACCCGCUCAACAACGUUGACCCUUACAACGGCCACUCAUACCUCACGGGAUUUAUUUCCUUGCUCCUCCGGGCCGAGCCGUACCCGACGUCCCGCUACGGAGCCCAGUGCCUGCAGCCCAACAACAUCAUGGGCAUCGAGAACAUCUGCGAGCUGGCAGCCCGCCUCCUCUUCAGUGCCAUCGAGUGGGCCAAGAACAUCCCUUUCUUUCCCGACUUCCAGCUCUCCGACCAGGUCGCCCUUCUCCGGAUGACGUGGAGCGAGCUCUUUGUCCUCAACGCUGCCCAGUGUUCCAUGCCCCUCCACGUGGCGCCCUUGCUGGCGGCGGCCGGCCUCCAUGCCUCGCCCAUGUCUGCUGAUCGAGUGGUGGCUUUCAUGGACCAUAUUCGGGUCUUUCAGGAACAGGUGGAAAAGCUGAAGGCCCUUCACGUCGACUCUGCCGAGUACUCCUGCUUGAAGGCCGUGGCGCUGUUUACACCCGAUGCAGUUGGACUGUCUGAUAUCGGUCACGUUGAAAGCAUUCAGGAAAAAUCCCAGUGCGCCCUGGAAGAGUACGUCCGGAACCAGUACCCCAACCAGCCGACCCGCUUCGGCCGCCUUCUGCUCCGCCUCCCGUCAUUGCGAAUCGUCUCGGCGCCGGUCAUAGAGCAGCUCUUCUUCGUACGUCUCGUAGGAAAGACGCCCAUCGAGACUUUGAUCCGGGACAUGCUCCUCUCUGGGUCCAGCUUCAACUGGCCGUACAUGCCCAUGCAGUAAUAC